AAUUUUUUCUCAAGCUUUUUUUCUUUGCAAUUAAGAGAAAGCAAACACUAUAUUAGUAACGGUAAUAUGGAACCUCUUAGAACCAAUAAUAAUAUUGGUAAUGAAUAUCAAUACUGCAAAGGGUGCGAGAGAAAUCUUCCUUUAAGCGUGUUUAUUACUAGUAAAAAAUCAUACAAAUAUUGUAUUACAUGUCGCGAACAAGGCAAAAAAGCUUAUCAACAACAUAAACAACAGACAAAUGCCGAAACUGGUAACCAAAUAUCAAUUGAAUUAAACGAAUUAUAUGAAUUUUUACCGAAGAUUCUUGAUGCAUUUGAAAAAGAAGAAUCUGAAAAUCAAGAAAAUAUAGGAAAUCAAGAGCUUGCGUUUUCUUGUACUAUAAAUAUUGUUACGUUAGAAGGAAAUUCAAAGGAUAGGGCUAACCACAUUAUAAAAAUGAUAUCAGAUAUAGAUGAUUAUGUAUGGAUGCAAUCAAUGCAUCGUUAUACUUGUAACGGCUGCAUUAAGAUUACUAUUUUUGAAGAUCUUGCAUCAUCUAAUAUAGAAAUAAAACAUCAUUUACAUCCAAAAAAAGCAGAUACUUCAAUUUCACCAGAAAUCAAACAAUUUAUAUUGGAUAAUAUAGAUUUAUUACCGCGUGAAAUUUAUAAACGACUUGUUGAACAAGGUUUAAAUAUUAAUAUUCGACAAAAGCAAGUUCAUUUUUCAUUAGAACAAAUGAAAUUUCGUUACUUGCACUUUCUCUCUUUUUUUCGCCAACUAAUGAUGCAAGUGCCCUAA